AAGGAGGCAGCAAUCUGCCAUCACAGAACACUGUGGCCCAACCUAUGGUUACCUUAAAUUGGGAUUUUUCUGGGGUCAGAAUUUUAAGCAAUAGAAGUCUACGGUCUGAGCUACUCAGUCAGUGGUAUUUUAAAAUAACAACCCGAAGGAAGACAAAGUUUAUACACUUGAGAAAGAACAGAUGUCUGAUUUUGCUUAUACGCGGGAUGUGGUGGCAAAGGGGUGUCACGUGUGCCAAUAGCAGUCCCAAUGCACUAAAUAAAUGGAAGAAGGGAAUCAGACUGGGAUGGUCCUCUUCCACUUCCGCCCCUUCUCCAGACUCCCUGAGGUGCAGAUGCUGAUCUUUGUGGUCCUCCUCAUGAUGUACCUGAUCAGCCUCGGAGGAAACAUGUCCAUCGUCCUCACCAUCUGGACCAAUCGGUGUCUCCACACCCCUAUGUACUUCUUCCUGGCGAACCUGGCUAGCCUGGAGAUCUUCUAUUCUUCCACCAUAGCUCCGCUGACUCUGGCCAGCGUCCUGUCCGCAGAGAGAACUGUGGUCUCCCUGGCAGGCUGUGGUGCUCAGAUGUUCUUCUUCAUCUUCCUGGGCAGUGCUGACUGCAUCCUGCUGGCCGUCAUGGCCUACGACAGGUUUGUGGCCAUCUGUCACCCUCUGCGCUACACCCUCAUCAUGAGUUGGCACUUGUGUAUCCAGCUGGCCCUGGGGUCCCUGUUGCUGGGGUUCAUCUUGGCCAUGCAGUUGACCGUGCUCAUCUUCCGGCUGCCUUUCUGCAGCAGUAAGGAAAUCAGCCUGUUCUACUGUGAUGUCCUCCCUGUCAUGAGACUGGCCUGCGCAGACACCCAUGUCCACGAGGCCACUCUGUUUGUGGUCAGUGUCAUCGUCCUCACCAUCCCUUUCCUCCUCAUCACUCUGUCCUAUGUCUUCAUUGUGGAUGCCAUCCUGAAGAUCCGCUCAGCCGAGGGGAGGCGCAAAGCCUUCUCUACCUGUUCCUCCCACCUGACUGUGGUCCUCCUGCAGUAUGGAUGUACAAGUCUCAUCUACUUGUGUCCCAGCUCCAGUUACUCUCCUGAGCGGGGCCAGGUAGUCUCUGUGGUUUAUACAUUCAUCACCCCUAUGCUGAAUCCUUUGAUUUACAGCAUGAGGAACAGAGAACUCAAGGAUGCUUUGAAGAAGGCAGUCAUGAGGUUCCUCCUGCUUGACAAACAAUGAGCACUCUGAAUGAUCCUCUCCAAUGCUGGUAAUAGAGAUGCUGAGUCAUCUGUUGAUGAGAUGAGGGGGUGGGCUUUGCCAGCUAUAGUUUGAUACAGUUAGAUUUCCCAGUCAUGUGACUAUUCCACAGUCGUGUUUAUUUUCUCAGCUUUGGGUUAGUCAUUCUCCAACACAGGGAUGAAGAAUACUUGCAGAAUCCAAUGUUGAGGGCUCUGAAGAUUGGCAGGUAUGAGUGAAAAGGACUGUCACUUUUUAAACUGAAACAGCAGUGAGCAUAGUUGUCCUUUCCCUGUCAUCUUAUGUAAUAUCUGUUCACCUUGGACUUUUCUCCAGAUACAGGUCUUGGGUUGACGGCAGUCCUCACACAGAACAUGAGAAAGGCAAAAACUAGCAGUAAGACAAGCAUUAGGCCUGGAACAUUCUGCUCUGACCUCUUUUAUUCCCAUUGUAUAAAUACUGGCUUCCUUUUUAAAAAGUGUUUCAUACAUGAGUAUUGUGCUUACAUCAUUUCCACAUGUCCCUCUCUCCUCUCCAGCUCCUCCCAUAUCCUGCCCAACUCCCUCUCAAAUUCAUGAACUAUUCUUUAAAUAUUGUUACAUCCAUAUACAUAGGUCAGUGGUUCUCAACCUGUAGGUUGUGACCCUUUGGGAGCUUAACAUCUCUUUCACACAGCUUGUCUAAGACCAUUGGAAAAUACAGAUUUACGUUAUGGUUCAUAACAAUGACAAAAUUACAGUUAUGAAGUAGCAAUAAAAAUAAUUUCAUGACUGGGGUCACCACAACAUGAGGAACUGUAUUAAAGCAUCACAGCAUUAGGAAGGUUGAGAACCAUUGACACAGGUAUAUAUAAAUACCGUCCAAUGAGUCCAUUUAAUGUUGCUCAUAUGUUUUAUUAUGCUGCCCUAGAGUAGGGUUGGUAGAGGGAAUGGGUGUGUGUACUGGUGGGUUUGAUGUGGAGUUGGUGUUUAAGUAGGAAGCACAUGUCUUCAGCAAGAACUGGAAGGAGACAAGCGUUGGAAAUCUCCUCCUCAGGCCUUAGCUUCCUGAUCUAGAAAACUAUGAGACAUGUAUUUGUAGGAGGAGAGAGCUGCUUGCUGAUUGCCGGCCCCUUAGCCCCAAAAUAAUCACAGAGAAACUGUAUUAGUU